CAAUGUUGACCUUCGUCGUAGCAGCAGCUCUCUUGGGAGUAGCUAUAGCCCAGAGUGGUCGCUGUAACUUCAACCAGAACAAUGAGACGGUGGGUCGAAUCUAUAUGGUGAAAGGGGAUUGUACCUACUACUAUCAAUGUAACAAUGGAAGGGAAUAUUUGAGAAGACCAUGUAAAGACGAUGAAAUCUACAACCUCUGGAUUGGAAAAUGUGUUUCUAAUACUGAAAAUGUCGACUGUGAUAUUAGUCCCGACUAUUAUGCCAAAUACGAUCAACUUUGUUCUUCUAAGCUAGAUAUCGUCGCUGUUCCCUCUGAACCUAGUAAGUUUGUAUUGUGCUGGAAGUAUCACUUUAGAUUCCCACCAAUGUCUUGUUCCAAUGGUUUGAUUUUCAACCAAAAGAAGGGAAUCUGUACCCAUGCUGACUCGGAAGUGCCAUCUGAACAGAUAGAGAACAACGUACCAGAACAGAAUAAUGAUAACAGGAAGUUUUACGAUGGGUAUCGAUCUGUAUAUGAAGCAGAUAUCAUUGGAAACGCAGCCUGUAUCUAUCAGCCUGUACCUGGCGAUUGUACUAAAUAUACUUACUGUAGUGGCGGCCCGGAGGUAGUAGGCCAGUGUGCUGAGGGUACAGUCAUGUCAAGAUCUCGAAAAGGGUGUGUCUACUGCUCAGAUUUGACCCCAGCCGAGAAAGCAGAAUGCCAGUUACGAUGCUAAACAACAUAAUUCAACACCAUGAGUGGUUCUUACAACGAUUUUUGCCAUAUGUCUUUUUAUAUAUUAUGUUUCUAUUCUAUAACGUGUGACCUUCUUUAUGUUCUUGAAAUGAAAGAAAUCAUAUGAUAAAGU